CAGAGACAGCGAGGACCCAGGUGGUGGCUGGGGCUGGCUGCUGCUGCAGGAGGCGGGGCCCUGGGCCCCUGGGGAGGGGCUGAGGCGGGGCUGGGGGCCCCCAGAUGCUGUCUGACAGCCUCAGCCACAGCCUGUCAUCCCAGCCCUCAGCAGCAACAGGCACCCCGACUUGUCCUCGCCUACACCCCACUAUUGCCGCAGCCAUGUCCAAUAACAUGGCCAAGAUUGCGGAGGCCCGCAAGACGGUGGAACAGCUAAAGCUGGAGGUGAACAUCGACCGCAUGAAGGUGUCGCAGGCUGCGGGCGAGCUCUUGGCCUUCUGCGAGUCGCACGCCAAGGAUGACCCGCUGGUGACACCGGUACCGGCUGCCGAGAAUCCUUUCCGUGACAAGCGGCUCUUCUGUGUCCUGCUGUGAGCCCUCCCGGCAGCUUACUCCCGCACCGAAGUCCGAGUCCAAUAAACGAGGUCACUGUGGUGGCGGUCUGCUUUGGGGAAAGGGGCACGCGCAGACCUGCUCCUCCCUUUGGGUGGAGGGUGGAAUUAGCCCGUGCCAGGUUAGAGCAUUCAGAGCCGGUGGGCAGGAACCCAGGGCUCCUGGCUCUGUUCACCCCUUGGAGACAGACCUUGGCUUCUUGUACGACACCUGUUUGACAGAUGAGGAGAGGAAGCACAUAACCAGGAGGGGAAGUGGGGUGAAGCUUGG